GAAAGGCGAGGUGCAAAGAACGACCACGGACUUGCCAUUUGGACUUGGUCGCCCCAUGCCACAGCUGGCUCAACGUGACGUCCGGCUGCUGCAUGCGGCCACGGAGCUCCGCGCGCCGAUUGAGACGUGGACGCUGCCACGCCUCUUUGCACACACAGCGCAGUGCCACCCGAAUGCGAUUGCGCUCAGCAUCGCUGCGUCGGUCGACUCGGACGCAGUUGUAUCAUUGACGUAUGCGCAGGCGCUAGCGUCGGCGACACGCAUGGCGCAUGUGCUCGAUGGCUACCACCGCGAGACGCCGUUUGUCGUCGGUGUCUGGCUCGACAAGAGCCUCGAGCUCACGCUCGCGAUCCUCGCGACGACGUUUGCGGGCGCCACGUGGCUUCCGUUCGACCCGGACGCGCCCGUAGAGCGCGUGCGGCUGUGCCUCGAGAACGCGAACGCCGCCGUCCUCCUCAUGGACGAUCGCCACGCAUCCAUGGUCUCGGCGGCGGACGUGCCGGCGUCGUGCACGCGCCUUCGCUACACCAAUCUGUCGACGCUAGCGACGAGCGCGCCGACAACCGCGCUGUCGCACCCGCCGACGCCGUCGACACCAGCGUACUUCAUCUACACCAGCGGCACGACAGGCACACCGAAAGGCAUUUCGAUCUCACACCAAGCCGCGACGCUCUUUGCGUAUUCGGAGUCGUCCGUGCUCGGCCUGCGCGCAACCGAUAUCGUCUGGAAUGGAUUCUCACCUGCCUUUGACAUGUGGGUCGAGGAGACGUGGUGCGGGUUUGCGCGCGGAUGCGAGCUCGCGAUCGCGCUCCCCGGACAGUGGAAGGACAUUGGUCGUCUUGUCGAUGUUUGGCACCAGCGCCGCGUCAGCGUCAUCACAGCCGUGCCGACGCUCAUGGCCAUGGUCUGCAGCGAAGCGUCGCUGCCACCGCUCGUGCGCCUAGUCAACGUGGGUGGCGAAGCGUGUCCCGCGUCUCUCGUGACCAAGUUGCACCGCGACGGCCUCGCCAUCUUCAACACGUACGGGCCGACCGAGACGACCGUCACGUGCACGUACACGCCGCUAAUCCCGCACCAGGUUGUGACGAUUGGCAAGCCGCUGCCGGGGUACCACGCAGCCUUGCUUGCGCUGCCCGAUGAAAACACCACACUGGCACCAACGAUCGAGCUCCUCGCACUGAAUGAAGGCGCGACCGGGGAGCUCGCGAUCGGCGGGCCGUGCGUCGGCGACGGCUACGUCGGUCUCCCCGAGCUCACGCGGGAAAAGUUUAUUGCGCACCCCGUCGUGCCCAACGAGCGGUUGUACCGGACGGGCGACCUCGUCACGAUCGACGGCGCCGGCGACAUUGUGUUUCUCGGGCGUAUCGACACGCAAGUCAAAUACCGCGGCUUCCGCAUCGAACUCGGUGAAAUCGAGGACAAGCUGAGCGCACUCGACGGUGUCGCCGCGGCCGCCGUCAUUCUCACCAAAGAUGAGCCGCAGCGCUUGGAGGCCUACGUCGUCUUGCGCGAGGCGAGCGCCGUGAGCAGUCUCCGCGCACGCUUGACGCGUACGUCGCUCAUGGCCUACAUGAUACCCGACGCCUUUGUGGCCCUCGCAUCCGGAGAGAUGCCGCGGCUGCUCAGCGGCAAGAUCGACAAGAAGCAGCUCCAAGUGCUCUCUCGCCAACGCCGACAAGUCGAUGCAGCACCCAUGUCGUCGGGCCCUAUGUCGUUUCCAACGUCGCUCGAGUUUGUGCUACACGUGUGGCGCGCGGCCUUUCCUGACGUUGCCGUCGACGCUUCUUCGGACCUUUUUACGGACCUUGGCGCCCACUCGAUGCUCGUGGCGCAGCUCGUGAGCGCCCUCCGCGGUGGCCAUCCGUCGCUGCUGCUCAAUCCGCUCGCGUCCGUCGGUCUCGUGGACCUCUACACGCUGCGGACACCGGAUGCGAUCGCCGCCAAGUACCCAAUGGCGUGCGCGGUGCCCGACGUGGUCUCGGACCGCCCCGCGUUUCGCGUUGUGCCGGUGUGGCGCCACACGCUCUGCGGCCUCGUUCAGCUACCGCUCUUGGUUGUGCUCUACUUUUACUACGCGCUGACCAUCUUGGGGCCGUUCGUCGUAUCCGACUACUACUAUGCAACCACGCAGCGCUUUGGCGUCUCGAUGCUGAGUCUCUACGCCGCGUAUGCACUUGCACCGUGGAUCGUUUUGCUCUCGGUGGUCGUGGCCAAGUGGACGCUCUUGGGCCGCGUGGCGCCGGGUGCGUACCCGGUGUGGGGCAGCUUUUACGUGCGCUGGUGGUUUGUCGGCCGCCUCAUCAAGCUCGCGGACCUCCGGCUCCUUGGCGACACGUACUGGCUUGCGCUGUGGUACCGCUGUCUCGGCGCGCACAUUGGCCACCACGUGCAUCUCGAUGUGCUCAAUCUCGUGGCUUGUGACUUGCUCUACAUUGGGGACCACGCGACGCUCGGGAAGCAGGUGCUCUUGAGCGCCGAGUACGUCGACAAUGGCGUGCUGCACCUCGGCCCCAUUCGCAUCGGCGCCAACGCUGUCGUUGGCACGUCGGUGACGAUUGAAGCCAACGUGCUCAUCGAAGAUGGCGCGGUCGUCGAGAGCAUGGCGGGUGUCGUCACGGGCACCGUUGUGCCAGCGCGGCAGAUCGUCGCCGGGUCGCCCGCAACUGUUAUCGGUACCGCCGACGACUGGACGCUCUCGGACAUUCCGUCGCCGGUCCGCACAUUUGUGGUGCGCAGCGGCCAUUUGUUGGCGUUUGGGUUUCUGCUUCCGGCCAUGAACACGCUGCCGCUGGCGCCCGUCUUGUACCUCUUCAACGUCCCGUUCUUCCCAGAGGAUACGCCGAUCGUAGCGCAGAUGCUCGGGCUUGCAGGUCUCGUCGGUGUCGGGUACGUAUGCACGGUCACGGCGCUCUUGGUUGUGACCAAAUGGCUCUUGCUCGGCAAGGUGCAGCCGGGCACCUACCACACGUACUCGUGGUUUGGCGUCCGCAAAUGGUUUGUCGACGGCCUCAUGGACCUCUCGCUUGACACGAUUCAUACACUGUAUGCGACAGUGUACGCGUCGCUGCUCUUGCGGCUGCUGGGCGCGUCGGUCGGUGCGCGGACGGAAAUCUCCACCGCGCGCCACAUGACACCGGACCUCGUUUACAUUGGCCGCGAGUGCUUCAUCGCGGACAACGUCCUCCUCGGCGACGACGAGACGCGGGGCUACACCAUGACGCUGGCCGCGACCAUCGUUCAUGAUCGAGCGUUUGUCGGCAACGACUCGGUGAUUCCGCAAGGCUCGAUCGUGCCGUCCGAUUCACUUGUCGGCGCCUUCUCACUGCCCUUGCCCGACCUUGAAGCGGGCCAGAGCUGCUUUGGGCUGCCGCCGAUCCUAAUGCCGUCUCGGACAACGACCGACUCGUUUGACGCGGCGCUCUUGUACCACCCGUCGCGAAUGCGCCGCUUUGGCCGCCUCGUCGUCGAGACUCUCCGCGUGUGGUUUCCGCCGGCGCUAGUCUGCCUUGGUAUUGGCACAUCGACGCAGCUCUUGUUGCAGCAGUACCCUCUCCACUCGGACGACGGUGGGUCGCUGGCCAACGUCUUGUAUCUACUUUUGGCGUCGCCGUUCUACUACAUUGGUUGCAUCGUGCUGCCAAGCGUGUCGAUCUUGCUCGCCCUCAAGUGGAGCAUCAUUGGCCGGUACGAAGCGGCGCUCCUCCCCAUGUACUGCUUUGGCGUCUGGUCGACCGAGUUUAUCACGGGCGUCCUCGAGCAUCUCAGUGUGUUUGUGCUACUGCCGCUUGUCGGCACGCCGUUGCUGCCGUGGAUUUACCAAGCGUUUGGCGCGACCAUUGGCGCCCGCUGCUUUCUGGGCUCGGUCGACAUUCCCGAGUUUGAUAUGCUCCGGUUUGGCGACGACGUAGCCAUCAACGAGAGCAGCUUUCCGCAAACCCACUUGUUUGAAGACCGGAUCAUGAAGAUUGGCCCCACGACGCUCGGCCAUCGGUCGACCAUGCGCAUGUUUUCGACGCUCUUUCCCGACGCAUCGAUGGGCGACGACACGACGCUCGCGUGCAACAGCGUCGUCAUGAAGGGCGAGCGGCUCUCGGGCGGCAACAUCUGGACCGGCUUUCCGGUGUCGAUUGCGCCGCCGUCACCGUCGCUCGUGACGGUCCUUGUGGACGAUACGUUCGAAUUGUUGGAGAAGAAGGAAUCGACGCCCACGGCCGACGAUCCGCUCUUGGAGGCAUAGCUAAAAUAUGAAUGUUUUGUGCUGUUGAAUCAUGUAUUUUGGCG